AAAGUAAAUCCAAAUAUAUGAAUUAUAGAAAAGCACGGAAAGUGUUUAAUAAUGAGCGUGUUCGGAGGAGACAGUUGGGGAAGAGAAGCACAGUACCGGAAAAGAAGAGUCAACGAUCUCCUUUUGGAGUCCGCCGCCGCCGAUGAAAAAUCUUACCGGAAACUUCCAUCCGGGAAAUACGCAUGCCUCCUUUGCCCUCAUAAUCCCGUCCUUGAUACCCCCCUUAUCCUCGCUAUGCACUUAAAAGCGAAACGACAUCUUGAGGCCGAAACGAGGGCCAAACAAAGAGAAGAGGAAAGACAAAAUGAAAUGAAUAAGCGAAUAGCUUUGUCAGUAGAUUCUUCCUCCUUUAGGAAAACCGAUGGCAAAUUGACCAAACGCACAAACUUAGAUAGUAAACCGUUAAUUGAAAAAACUCGAAAGGCUGUUUUUGAGGUACUUCAUAGUUAUCCUGAACAAGGUACUUUAGAUUGUAGCCAAUCUAGUCGCCCCGUUAGUGCACCUUGCGAUUUGACUUUUGGGCAAGGAGAGGAAUCUGGUAAGGAUGUUGUGCUGCAGAUACCAUUAGAUUAUCGAGAGCGCAGGGAAAGAGAACUUAAGUUUACGGCAGCUGGUUGGAAGCGUAAUUGCAAUGGAGGGUGGUUCAGAGAUGAAAACGUUGAAUUUGAUUCUGAUGAAGAAGAUCCAAAUUUGUCUCUUGCAAAUGGACAAUGAGUAAUGAUGUAUUUGGUUGUCCGAUCAAUGAAAUCAAAGGUGUGUAGCAACUAAAUCAUUUCAAAUGGUUAAAGAGGUACUAAUCAACCUUUUGAUUUCAAUAUCGAAGAAAUCUUUUCCAAGCAGUUGCAAACAUCAAAUCAAUGAAACUAACCUCUUAUUGAGAUAAGAACUGUAAACUCCACUUUCUUGCACUUACAAAAUCUUCAAAAAUGAGUAUAUGUUACAAAUUUAAUUGAACCAUUUAUGAUUUUGCUAAA